UCAUCUAAAAGGUCUCGAUACAAUAUUAUAUGAGUUUUAAAGCAAUAAUUAAAUCGCUAUGGAGUCCAUCAAGGCCAUCUUCUGGAAGCCAGAUCCCACGACUCAAAUGAGAAAAUGUAACAACUUGAUUCGCGCCAACACUCGAAAACUUGAUCGUGACAUUGCCAAUCUCCGCCAAGUCGAGGCCAAAACCAAAAACCUCAUUCUUCAAGCGUCACGGCGGGCUCAGCGCAAUCCUUCCCAAGCCAAACAGGCGGCAAAUGAGACACGGACAUUUGCAAGAGAACUUGUUCGGGUGCGAAAGCAAAACAAUAGAUUGGCAACAAGUCGGGCGCAAUUGCAGAGUGUGCAGAUGCAGGUCAAUGAGGCUUUUUCCGUGCGUAAGAUUGAGGGUAGUAUCAAGGCCUCAACGGGCAUCAUGAAGGAUGUCAAUAGUCUAGUGCGAUUGCCGGAGCUUACAGGGACAAUGAGGGAACUCAGUCAAGAGUUGAUGAAGGCUGGCAUCAUUGAAGAGAUGGUAGGCGACACGCUACCUGAUGACGAACUCCUCGAGGGCGAGGAUGAGGAGGCCGAGACCGAGGUUGAUAAAGUACUUGGAGAGAUACUACAGGGCAGACUGGGCAAGGCUGAACCUCGUAAGGAAGAGGAGAGACCGGCUCCAGAAGUGCCAGAAGAGGAGGAGGAGGAAGACCAGGAAGCCAUGUUGGACCAAAUGAGGGGCCGCCUUGAGGCAUUGAAGAGCUAAUGUAUUUCGUACAUGCUCUUACAUUACAUUAAGAUACCUCGCUGCAAGGAAGUUUUCUGUGCCAUGUGGAGAAGGGAGAGAAGUUUUGCAUCAUCUUUUAUGAUACUUUUACAGGAUUAUGGCGUUGGAGUAGGGUGUAUACCAGUACUUAGACUUUGAGCACAGUAAUUUAUCAUAGCAUGAUCUUGUCAUUCAACGGGUUUGAUUUUCCAGCAACAUGAUGCAUGCUUGCUCACACAAUCUGACA